GACCAACCCGCAAGAUGCCCCCCAGCGCCAGUGCCAUGGACUUCUUCCAGCUCUUUGUCCCGGACAAUGUGCUUAAGAACAUGGUGGUGCAGACAAACAUGUACGCCAAGAAGUUCCAGGAGCGCUUCGGCAGCGACGGCGCCUGGGCCGACGUGACGCUGGCGGAGAUGAAGGCGUUCCUGGGCUACAUGAUCUCCACCAGCAUCUCCCACUGCGAGUCGGUCCUCAGCAUCUGGAGCGGGGGCUUCUACAGCAACCGGAGCCUCGCCCUGGUCAUGAGCCAGGCCCGCUUCGAGAAGAUCCUCAAGUACUUCCACGUGGUGGCCUUCCGCUCCAGCCAGACCACGCACGGCCUCUACAAGGUCCAGCCCUUCCUCGACCUCCUGCAGAACGGCUUUGACUCUGCCUUCAGGCCCUCCCAAACCCAGGUGCUACACGAACCCCUGAUCGACGAGGACCCUGUGUUCAUCGCCACGUGCACAGAGCGGGAGCUGCGGAAGAGGAAAAAGCGGAAAUUCAGCCUCUGGGUCAGGCAGUGCUCUUCCACCGGCUUCAUCAUCCAGAUUUACGUCCACCUGAAGGAAGGCGGGGGCCCGGAUGGGCUGGAUGCGCUCAAGAAUAAGCCCCAGCUGCACAGCAUGGUGGCCCGAAGCCUGUGCCGGAACGCGGCGGGCAAGAACUACAUCAUCUUCACGGGGCCCAGCAUCACCAGCCUGACCCUGUUUGAGGAGCUGGAAAAGCAAGAGAUCUACUGCUGUGGCCUGCUUAGCUCCAGGAAGAGCGACUGCACCGGCCUGCCCCCGUCCAUGCUGAGCAACCCAGCCACCCCCCCGACCCGGGGCCAGCACCGCAUCAAGAUGAAGGGCAACAUGUCCCUGAUCUGCUGGUACAACAAAGGGUACUUCCGCUUCCUGACGAAUGCCUACUCGCCCGUGCAGCAAGGAGUGAUCAUCAAGAGGAAGAGCGGGGAGAUCCCCUGCCCCUUGGCCGUGGAGGCGUUCGCCGCUCACCUCAGCUACAUCUGCAGAUACGACGACAAGUACAGCAAGUAUUUCAUUUCUCACAAACCAAACAAGACCUGGCAACAGGUGUUCUGGUUCGCCAUCAGCAUCGCCAUCAAUAACGCCUACAUCCUGUACAAGAUGUCAGACGCCUACCACGUGAAGAGGUACAGCCGGGCGCAGUUCGGGGAGAGACUGGUGAGGGAGCUGCUGGGCCUGGAGGAGGCCUCCCCAGCCCACUGAUGUGGGGUCGCCGGGCCUGGGUGCGGACCGGGUCCGGGAGGCCGGAGGAGGGACGGUGCCACAGCCUCCACAGGGACCAGGGUGGGCCUGGUCAGAGGACGGCUGCCGUCCAGGUUCCCAUUCAAAGAAGAGCACGUCCUCCCUCCAGGAGCAACCUCCCACCCAGGGCCAGCGAGGGCACCGCACCCAGACUCCACGUGCUGGCCAGCGCGCUGCCCGUGGCAUUGGCCCGGCAGGGACACCUGCGGAGCUCAGCUCGGCUCGUGGGACCUGGGGAGGCUGCCGCCCCCGGGGGCGCUGGGGAUGGGAUGGGCCGUAGCAUGUCCCGCUAGGAAUGCCUGCUCUGUAAAGACGCGAAGACAUUUGUGACAUGGUUCUGUUUCUUGCCGUGUCUGGCAGUGACCAAGGCACGCAGAGGCAGGUGCUACACCACUGAGGUCGUGCGGGCGGCUUAGAACGGGCCUCCUAGAAUGGGAAACACAAACUGGGUGCCAUUAAAAUGCAGGGAUGGAAUGGGGGAGCGCUGCCCGUUCUGAAGUGUAAAUGAGGCGUUCCUAACCCUUCUCCUCUCCCUGGCUGGUGGACGGGGGAGAGAGGGAAAAUGCCAAUGGAAUCGAGGUGAUGUGUGAUGCUAUUUUUUAUUUUUAAAUAUAUCUUCAGGUUAUUUUCUUACUGUUGCUUAAGAUCUUCUGUAAGAGGAAAACGUCCCCCUUCUUUUCCGCCCCCUCCCCUCACCCCCGCCAUGACUGUUCCCAGGGUCACAGUUCGGUAUUCUGAGCCCUGUGACCGUGCGCAGACCAGAAAGAGCAGCCUGCUUCCAGAACAGACGUGGCUCCAUCCCAUCAGGGAGCCCGGGGAGGGAGGGGGGCCUUAAGCUUUGCCACAGAGCCGAUCACUUUCAGAACUGCUUGUUUGGGAAAACAUGGAGCAUGGCUGAAACAAACACACAACAAAACAUCUGUGGGUGACACGGGCUGUGUUGGCCAUCAGACACUGUCGCCCCACGGCCCUGCAGCUGGCCUGGGCAGACCCUGGAAGGCGACUGGGUGACAGCUUUGUUCGGUGUGAUCUCCCCAUGGGACCGAGAGAGUACACGCCGGACACUGGCCCCAGGGCUCCUCCACUUCCUGGGACGUCUGGGGCUCCUCCUGAGCCCGGGUCCGUGUGUCUCCAGGGCAAACCUUGGCCAGGGCCGUUCCCUGUCUGACCAUCCCCUGCAGACAAGAAACGAGUGAUUCCUGGAGUUACACAGUCCGUGUCCACCCCGGUUUACGUACCCCCUCGUUUUCUCGUUUAUUGUUUUUUUUUUCUUUCUUACAAAUGCAAAACCUAUUCUACUCAGGCUUUGGGACGUUUUUCCUUGUUCUCACCCAGUUCAUACACGUGUUGCCGGCAGCAUGCUCUCGGACCCAUGCCAUCCCUGUAGCCUGCGUUCGUGAUGAUCCCCCUCGCCUGUGGUUUGAACUCCAUGCCACGGACUGUAGGCCAAAUUGUAAAUUGUGUUUCAGAACACCUUCGCCGUGUCCUUUAAUUGGAUUGAAAGCACUUUUACCACAUGGAGAAAUAUAUUUUUAAUUUGUGAUGCUUUUCUACAAGUUCCACUAUUUCUGAGUUUAAUGUGUUUCCAAUACUUAGGGAGACUCUAAUGAAAGCUGAUGAAUUUUCUUUUCUGUCCAAAUAAGUAACAGGAAAAAAUAAAAGUCUAUUUAGAUGCUGA